CGCUCAGCCGGCGGUGCGGUAUUUAUAACCCCGCCCAGGUUUCAUCAACCGAAUGCGGAUUGAGCGAAACUUCGGAUAGAAUUGAUAGAACCGCUAUCAUGAGUUCUAAGCUGUACAUUAAAAACUUUGAGUUUGCCCCAGGGCAGGUGCUGAAGAUUAAGGGCAUCAUAGAACCACAAACCAAAAGUUUCGUGUUCAAUGUCGGUCGGUCGGACGAUGAGUUCUCCCUGCAUUUCAACCCCCGCUUCGACGAGCACGGAGACACCAACACCAUCGUGUGCAACUCCAGAGUGGGCGGGGCCUGGGGGGCGGAGCAACGAGACCACGCCUUCCCCUUCAAACACGGAGAGGAAGUGAAGGUCUUUAUCUAUUACAAGCCAGACUCCUUCGAGGUGAAAGUGUUCGAUGAGUCGCUGCUCAAGUUUCCAAACCGCUGUGGCGACCAGAAGCUAGCCUUCCUGGGAGUGGAUGGAGGAUUCAGAGUCGUCUCCUUCAAGGUCCAGUAAAAACUGGGAGCAAACCACUGCUAGGCAAGCAACAGCGUCUACAGCCACGUCCAAAGGUUUUGCAUCACUCGCUAUAUAGAGUGAACUUGCUUUGAAUGGACUACGGCUCCCAGCAUGCCUCUGCACCCGCGGCAAUGGCGAGGCACGCUGGGAGCUGUAGUUCUUUAUGCUGUGGGUCACAAGAUACAGACCUCAAGGAAAAUUUAUCAUAGGGGCAACAGACAUGCCCCUGACUAAUUGAAAACCUGAAUGUAAAAAUUAACUCAUUCAUUUCUGUAAUUUUUUUUUUCCAUAUGUUAAACUAAACAAUACUGAAAUAUUUGUUGCAAAUCUAUCUGGGAUUAACAAUAAAAAUACCAGAAGCCAAA